UUUUUGAAGGGCGGUCUCCGCUGUGAGUGUAGAGCUGGUGAUGGUCAGAUAUCAGGAUUAAUUUAAUAAUUAAUAAAUGAACGGGUUCAGCGGGUCUGUGUGAGCUCUGCGGGGGGCUGUGAUUAUAUAGAGGGGUGUAGAUAUUUUAGAGAGGGGAGUUGGGGCUGGAGCUCGUCUCUCUGCAGGACUUUUAUUAUAGCUGAAGUCUGCAGGGUUAGAGUUGCUGUGCUGGUGUUCAGGAGCUGGGACUGACUCUGCUGAGUGUGUGUGUGUGUGUGUGUGUGUGUGUGUGUGUGUGUGUGUGUGAGGCUGUUAGGAGUUUCUUGUGCCCGCUGUGCCUCUCUAAGUGUUUAAAGGCUGGGCUGUAGCUGCAAAGCCCACUGGGUUCAAGCAGAGCUGCGAGAAUCAGGCUCUGCACCCCCCUGCCCCAGGAUCAGAGCUCAGGUACUGCAGAAGCAUAAGCAGCUUAUAACUGUGUGGGACUGGUUUCCCACGACCCCCGCCUUCACUUCAGCUGGACUUGUAGAUGUGUGAACAUGAGAAGAAUCAGGGGAUCCUGUGUUGCUUUAAGGUGGAUGCUGCAGACAUCUGGUGUCCAUGGUGUUCAUGGUGCUUUGUCAUCAUUUGUGCGUAAGCUGUCCUUAUCUAGUGGAUCCAGACCGAAGGUAUGCAUAGUUGGAGGUGGUCCAGCGGGCUUUUAUACUGCGCAGCAUCUCCUGAAGGCCCGGGAUGAUGUAAUUGUGGAUGUAUACGAACGCCUGCCUGUCCCGUUUGGCCUGGUUCGGUUUGGGGUGGCGCCAGAUCACCCAGAGGUUAAGAAUGUCAUUAACACAUUCACGCAGACGGCACAGCACGAGCGCUGCUUUUUCCAUGGAAAUGUGAACGUGGGUGUGGACGUCACUGUGAAGGAGCUGAAGAAAGCCUAUCAUGCUGUGGUGCUUAGUUAUGGUGCAGAAGCAAAUCGCUGUAUGGGAGUUCCAGGGGAAGACCUGGCCGGUGUGUUCUCAGCCAGAGAUUUUGUAGGAUGGUACAAUGGACUUCCCAGCAACCAAAAGCUCAAUCCAGACCUGAACUGUGAGACGGUGGUGAUUUUAGGGCAGGGGAAUGUGGCGCUGGACGUGGCCCGGAUUCUGCUAUCUCCACUGGACAUGCUAAAGAAGACAGACAUUACCCAGCAUGCACUGGAAGCUCUUACUGCCAGCCGAGUGCGCAGGGUUCUAAUCGUCGGACGAAGGGGACCUUUGCAAAUCGCUGGCACAAUUAAGGAGGUGAGGGAAAUGAUUAAUCUACCUGAUACCACAGCUGACAUGCUUCCUGCUGACUUUAAAGGCAUAUCUGAGACCCUGAAAGACCUCCCCAGGCCGAGGAAGAGGCUGACGGAGCUUCUGAUGAAGACAGUAAAAAAUGAUGCGGGAGAUCACGGUGCUGAUAAGCGAUGGGGAUUUCGUUUCUUACGCAGUCCUGUGGAAGUGUUGCCAGGGGCUGAUGGAAAAAGAGCUGGGGGGAUUCGACUGGCUGUCAACAAGCUUGAGGGUUCAGGAGAAGAUGCUAAGGCUGUGCCCACUGGCCAGAUGGAGGAUCUAGAGUGUGGUAUGGUUAUCAGCAGCAUUGGAUACAAGAGUUUACCUAUUGACCCCUGCGUUCCCUUUGAGCAUCGCGGUGCCAUCAUACCCAAUGACAUGGGAAGAGUGCUAGAUACAGCAGGGCUGUACUGCAGUGGCUGGGUGAAGCGAGGGCCGACCGGUGUGAUCGCCACCACUAUGAACGACAGCUUUGAUACAGCACGAGUUCUGCUGAAGGACAUGAAGGAAGGAACUUUGGACCUGUCUGUCAACAAACCUGGUGCUCAGGAGAUCACAGCAUUACUCCAAGAACGAGGUGUGAGAACUGUGUCCUUCUCUGAGUGGGAGAAGAUUAACUUGGAGGAAGUCCAAAGAGGCGAAGCUGCUGGAAAGGCCAGGGAGAAGUUACUGGAUGUAGGAGAAAUGCUGGCAGUAGCCUGGUCAUGAGCACAUCUGGAGAAGGCAUCAGUGACCUCAUUCAGUGCCACCGCAACUUUAACUGCAGGGACUCAGUUCAACAAAAUAAAAUGACGACCAGUUUACGUUUUGAACCAUUCCUUUACUUUUUAGGAUGUGCACUAUAUGUCCAAAUGUUUUUGGACACCCCUUUUAAUGAAUGCUGCAUUGAAUUACUUUAUGUUUCACUCACUGCUGACACAGCUGUACAAAUAAACACACACACACACACACACACACACACACACGUCUUGUGGGGAGUAGGAGUAUGGAAAAUUCAUUACAGUUGAAGAGGGUAGGAAUUAUAGUCUGACAGAACGUUUCAUUUAGUACUUGGACAGCUUGGCUUUCCUGGCCCAACAAAAAAACUCAUAGACAGGAGGAUCAGUUUGUACUAAACCUGUGAAACUGUGGAAAGUGUCGCCCGUUACCUUAAACUUGCUUGGGCUUUAUGACUAUAGAAACAUCAUAUGUGCUUGUUUACAUUUCGUGGUAUAAUACACAGACAUGCCAAAAGUCAUGGAACAGAAAAUAUUUCCCUAAUUUGAAAGGACAGUUACCAACCCACUCAUCCACCACUAGAAAUGCUCCAAACACUAGGAGGGCUAACACAUGCCUCCUCCAUAUACCAUAAAACAAAUGAAAUGUAAUUAAAGUCUGGACUUUCAGGUUUAUUUAAAGGGCACAAAUGUCAGAUGGGGCGUCAAAAAUGUAAUUUUAGGAAUUGCUCCCAUGUUGUAACAAAGCCACCUCAUUUCAGAGGCUUUUCUUUUUAGUACUUUUUUAGUACUAAAGAAAAACCUUAGCAGGCAAUGACCGCAUCAAGUAUGGAACCCAUGAACAUCACCAAAUGCUGGAGCCCCGUCCACACGACUCCAGAUAUGUUUGUCUCCAAUUUGGCAUUCUGCAUUUCCGAAAACUUAACGAGUCGUUUGUCUGCCUUUUGUUUACAUUAGAUUAGCCUGUUUAGAAUGAGCCUGGAACAGGGACAGCACCUGGACUGGUUUUGUUCUGUCUGAGAUGUGCAGAUUAAUAACAGAUUUACAGCUUAAUUUAAUGUUACUCUCACAUUACUUAACGCAGCGGAGGCACUAAAACACGCUGCGUGCACUUUUUUCUGAUCCUCCUGUCUGUAGGUAUAAAUUUUACCUGGAUCAGGCCUGGACAAGCAAGCACUUGGUAGGCUGGCUUGUUUAUUUGGUGUGGUGUUUCUGUGUGGACGGGGGAUAUUUUUAUAAACACUGCUUGUGUGGACAGAGAGAUUUUUAAAAACGGAUACAAAAACCUCAGUUUUUAAAAAUAUCUGGAUUUAUGAUACUUUGCCAGGCCUUUACUGCUGCUGUCAUCAGUUGUUGCUGGUUUGUGGGCCUUUCUACUUUUAUUUUUAUUCUAAGCGAGAAGUGAAAUGCUGACCUGGUUCAGAUCUGAUGAUUGUCUCGUCCACCGUAUAUUUUGGGUCCCUGUCUAUGACCCAAAUCUUGCAUCUGAGCAGAAUGUAGAUCCCUGUACACUUCAGAAUGAAUCCUUCUGUCCCAUCAUCAAUAAACUCUAGUGACCCAGUGCCACUGCAAGCCAUGCACGCCUAUACUACCACCACCAUGUUUUACAGAGGAUGUGGUGAGCUUUGUGUAGAGCUGUUCUAAGCCUUCAUACUUUCUACUUUACAUCAUUUCUGUACAGGUCGAUCUUAGUUUACCUGUCCACAUAAUACUGUUCCAGAACUCUUCUGGAUUCUUUAGAUGUUUUUGGUAAAGUCUAAUCGGGCCUUUCUGUUAAUGUUUUUCAUCUGUAUUUGCUCUCAUGAAGUUUUCUUUGUAUGGUAGUCCUGGAUACUGAUACUCAGUGUUCUUCACUAUGGUUGAUGUGAAGGGUUUUUUCUUCACCAUGGAAAGAAGUUUUUGAUCAAUCAUCACUGUUGUCCUCCAAGUCCAAGACCUCCCAAGUUCCACUGCGCUCUUUUUUCACAUAUGCAAAUGUCACACCUGUAAUCAGCUUCAGACCCUCCACCUGCUUAGCUGAUGAUGGAAUAAGGAGGAAAAAGCUCAUGAAGCCUAUUAAAUAGCUUUUUAGAUCAUUUUUCCCAUUACUUUGGGGCCAUGAAAUAAGGAGACUUUGUUGAAAUUUUUUUGCAAUUCCUAAACCCUUUAUAGAAUUUUGUUGUUGUUGUUCAACCCCUUAAAAAAACACAAUUACAUCUCAUUUGUUUAAUUUUAAAUCCAGUAUGGUGACAGGCAGAGCCCAAAUCAAUGAUUAUGUCAUUGUCCAAUUAUUUAUUAAUUUAUUAACUGUACGUGAUGUCAGCCACACUGUGAUUUCCACAAUCUGUGAAAUGAUUUGUUUUAAAACUGGAGUUGGAAUUUUUCUGUUUUUUUUUCUGCAUCAACACACUGCAUUUAAUUAGCUCUCUGUGAGAUCCAGGUUCUGAAAUCUUGCAGUUUUUUGGACAUUUUGUUUUGUUCAGUUAGCAUUUUUAUAUGAUUAAGAAAUGACAAACAUAAAUAGUAUUUUAAUAUUAAUGUACAGUAGUGUAUUUCACUUCUUUUAAGCUAUUCUUUUAAUUGUGAGAGAUAAUCAUUUUAAUAUAAUUAAUAAAAGUAUAUCAUGAAAAUG